UAUCCAAGCACUUCCCAAUGUACCCAACACGCAACCAACCCAAAUAAAAGAGAUUCAUUCCAAUACUAAAGAGUUUCGUUUCAGGUUUGGCGGUCUCAAAAUAGCAGGUCUUUCAACACCCGUGAAAUUGACAGAUAAGACGCAGCGAUGAAGUUUGCCACCAAGAUUGUUGCCUUGCAGCAUCGAGAAUGGUCGGAUUACUACUUGGACUAUAACGGGUUGAAGCUGAUCUUGGCCGAGCUACCAGAGGAUGCCGAUGCCACGAAAUCCGUCUCCCUUAUCUCCAAAACCUUUCUAGUCAAUGAAAAGGAGACUUCCAUUACAUUUUUGGCAGAAUUGUACCGUCAAGUGCAAAAGAUCACCUUGUUUGUCCUCCACCAACAAGGACAGAUAGCGCAUCAAUUGGACAAGUACGAACAAGAGCAACAGGAAUGCCUCCUGGCUUUGCAAGAACAACAACAUGACGGCGCUGUUCAGAAUGUGCAGAAAUUGGCACAACUCAAGAAACUACGCGAAAGCUACAAUCAUGUCGGAGCGGAUUUGUUGCAUUUGAUUCAAUUUGUGGACCUCAAUGUCAAGGGCAUUCUCCGUCUGCUCAAGAAACAUGACAAACGAGUCACGGCGCCGUACAAGGCCUAUGAUUUCUUUCUCUUUGGAGGAAAGACACCCACGAGUGCCAUUCGUGCUCAAAAUCAGAGUGCCACCAUGAUGGCGUCAUUAAGGCAUCCUCAAGCAUUGGAUGCUCUCUGUGUGACGCUCCAGACGGCAUACACACAACUUCGAGUGGUACAGCAACAUCAGUCAGCCAUGCCGCAAGAUCUAGAACAACCAGCCUUGCGAGGAAGAACUACCAGUGCGCAGGCAGAACGGUUGCCCAAAGAAGGCAAGACAAUCAUCAAACGAACUCGAAGUCCCAAAGGAUUACCCCGUAGGCAUCGCUCCAUACAAGGACUGCAACAGUUAUCUGUGGCACAUGAAGAAGAUGAUGGUGAAGGAUUUAUACCCAUCAAAAAUCACCGUGCUCCCUCGAUUGCAAUGCCUUCCACAUCCAUGUCCUCCAUCUUGGACAGUCGAGAAGACUUUGUCAUGGCACAAAUUUACGCGGCGCGACGAAACCUGCAACAAAAUGAUUCCGACAAUGAAGUUCUCAACAUGCUCGCCACCACCGCCUUGGGAUUCCUCACUGAACCACCCGAAAUCAACAGUGUGCAUAGAGCUAGCACGGAACCACAAUCCACCACCCCUGCCGGUGGGAAAGAUGCCAUUCAAGCCGAGUACGAACGGGCCGUGGCUCUGGCGGCCUACAAACGAUCUUCGGCCAUUUCGGGGAUUCUCAACUUUGUCAGUAGUUUCAUCUACAUGGCCAACUAUCUGAUUGUGGUUCCCACUGUGGUGACGUAUUCGGAAAAACUGGGUGCCGAUCCUGCAUUGAGUAGUGCCAUUGUCGGCAUGACACCUUUUGCCACCAUCUUCUCCACGUUUCUGUACAGUUAUUGGACGAGUUAUUCCUAUCGCACUCCGCUUCUAUUUGCCGCCUCUCUCAACGUGGCGGGCAAUCUCGUUUACGCAAUGGGAUACCCCUGCAAUAGCAUGGCCUUUGUUUUGAUUGGACGGCUCAUGUGCGGUUUGGGGAGUUGUCGUCCCAUCAAUCGACGUUAUAUCGCUGACGCUUAUUCUACAGCAGAACGCACCGCUGCAUCAGCACACUUUGUAGCUGUGGGAUCCUUUGGUAUGGCCCUGGGGCCGUUUCUGGGAUCAGUGCUGCACCGCAUGGCAGAACACAGCAAGAGCCCCUACUGGCAAGUGGAAAAUGCCCCCGGGUGGUUUAUGUCGGUGGUGUGGUUGAUCUAUGUCAUUUUUCAUGUCAUCUUUUUUGUCGACCCACCCAAGGAGGAAUCAGAAUCCAUCAAGAAAAACACGACAACCGGCGAAAAGCAACCCCUGCUCCAAAAUGGCAACGGCAAGGAAACACAGACUAUUAGUGUCAGCGACGACGACAACGACGACGACGACAGUAUCAGCAAUCGAAUACCCAUUUGGAAGAAUUCUGCUGUCAUGGUGAACUUUUUCAUUUACUUUGUCGAGAAACUAUUGAUGGAGUGUGUGAGCAGCUCGACAAGCAUCUUGACCUACUACUACUUUCAGUGGCCCGGAUCGUGGGCUGGGUACUACCUGUCCUUUCUUUGCUUGUUGAUUCUCCCGGUGAACUUGCUGGUGGCCUACCUAUCCAAAACAUAUGAGGAUCGCCAAAUGAUGAUGGUGAUGCAGGUGGUGACUAUCGUUGGUUGCUUCAUCAUCCUACGAUACGGCGACACCUACUACCUGGAUCAAUAUUUGAUUGGAAGCCUUGUCAUUGUUGUCUGCAGCAAUAUGGUCGAAGGACCCAACAUGAGUUUGCUUUCCAAGACAAUCCCCAAGGCAUGGAGGAAGGGUUUUUUCAAUGUGGGACUGUUGGCCACGGAGGCCGCCACCUUGGGUCGGACCGCUGGAGAUGUCUUUUUGGCCUUGUGUGGGACCGGUGGAAUAGACACACAGCUCAACUAUACCUUUGGUUCCAUGGCGGUGCUGACCAGCUUCACUCUUUGGAUCUCGUACCGUUACUAUGAUUCGCUCAUUCCAACGGAAGACAAGACUUUGUAAGGAAGGGAUCGAGAUAUUCGGCAAAUCGGGUAUACCGGUACUAUGGUGCUUGGUUGGGCGUGGUGACCAGACACGCUUUGUUGCACAAGCCUCGUUUCUGCUUAUAGGUAUUUCUUCGAGUGGACGGUGUUGUUUGAAGCUAGAGUACUGUACUCGCUGAACUAAUACAAUAGCUAUUGGAAGGCUAAUGCAAUAAUGUACCGUAGUGUGGGCCACUUCAUUGUUGAC